AGAGCUUCGAUAAACCAUCACUUACAGUACAAGGCAUCGAUGGAGGCAGCAGUGCAACAGACCAAAGCGAUCAUCGGACGCGAGUUUGCGACACCGUCGACAGCUACCGAUAACGAUGUUGCCAACGCGGCAGCCUUCGACCCUGUGGCGCUUGGCCUGGAGCCAGAUUUCGUGCUCACCAACUACAGCGCGCUUAAAGGCUGUGGCUGCAAACUUCCUCAGGCUAAACUUCUGGGCUACCUGGAUGACUUCGCGAACGAUCUUAAACCUAACGAGACGCCAGGAAUGGAUUCAAGCGUAGUUAAGAUCUCACACGGCACGGACCUGUACUUGGUGUCCACUACCGACUUUUUCUUCCCUUCGGUCGAGGACCCAUACGUGCAGGGCAAGAUCGCAUGUGCCAACGUUCUGUCGGACGCCUACGCUAUGGGUGUCACUGAGGUGGACACGAUGCUCAUGAUUCUUGGUGUGUGCCGUGAUAUGAGCGAGAAGCAACGUGACGUCGUCACCACUCAGAUGAUCCGCGGCUUCAACGACCUUGCUCGGCAGGCGUGCACCAACGUCACAGGGGGGCAGACCGUCAUGAAUCCAUGGCCAAUUGUCGGUGGCGUCGCUAUGAGUGUGCGCAGUGAGAGUCAGAUUAUUCGCCCGGAGAACGCAGCAGUGGGGGACGUGAUAAUUCUCACCAAACCUCUCGGCACCCAAGUCGCUGUAAACUUAUUCCAGUGGAAGAAGAGACCUGAUCGCUGGCAGCGUGUGGAAAACGUCGUGACCCACAAAGACGCCGACGUUGCCUUCCAGAUGGCAUCCGAGUCCAUGAGUCGACUCAACCUCAACGCUGCUAAGAUGAUGCACAAGUACGGCGCGCACUCGGCGACGGACGUGACGGGUUUCGGUAUUGUCGCCCACGCGCGCAACCAGGCCAAAUCCCAGUUGGGAGAUGUGUCUUUCGAGAUCCACACGCUUCCGAUCAUCAAAAACAUGGCCAAAGUGAACGAAGCCAUCGGCAACUCCUUCAAGCUGCUGGACGGAUUCGCGGCUGAAACUUCUGGCGGUUUGCUGCUUUGCUUGCCGGCCGAAAGCGCCGACGCAUUCAUCAAGGAGAUCCGAGAGCUAGAUGGCAAGCCGGCGUGGGUCGUUGGGCGUGUUGUAGCCGGCUCGAAGGAUGCGACCAUUGUACCGGACCCGAUGAUCAUUGAAGUGUCACCGCAUGACUAA